ACAAGAGUUCUCGUCUCUUUUGCCACUUUAAUUCAAUCCUUGAUUCCAAAUUUGAAAUUUUGAAUUCAUCGAUUAAGCGGAGAAAAAUAUUCGGCGAUAUGGGUAAUUGUAUCGAUAGAGAAACAGAAAAUUUUUUGGCGCUGAUGGGUCCACGAGUGGACACUAAACCUUUGAAGCACGGUGAAGAGUGCAUAAUUUUUCUGAUAGGUGGCCCUGGCGUCGGGAAAAACACGUUGAGUGAAAAAUUGUCCUCCCGUUAUAAUUUGAAGCUGAUAUCUGUGACAAAUAUAUUACGCGAAGAGGUCAAUAAAGAAACAGAUAGAGGAAAAUUUUUCAAGUCCUACAUGAUAAAAGGUAACGUUAUACCGGCCGACUAUAUCGUUCAACUGGUGGUGCGGGAAAUGCUAAAAGAUGCUCCGACUACGGUUGGUUAUCUAAUUGUUGGUUUCCCACGGGAUAAGAAACAGGUUAUUGAUUAUAUUGCUCUGAUUCGACGUUUCUCAACCCUUUUCGCAAUAAUAUUCAAUGCGGAAGUAAGGCAGCCCGAUUUGUUAAUAAAUUUGUAUGCAAGACGAGUCAUUCUUCAAGAUCGAAUGGCAAAACGUGCCAUUACCUCGAUGAGAUUCGACGAUUCCGACGAGGCUGUUGUCAAUCGUAUGAUACACUACUUCGCAAAUGUGAAAAGUGCGACAAUGCCUAACAAACGUGUAAUGAAGAUUAUUGACGCGGAGAGAAACAUAGAGGAAGUGUAUAAAGACGCGUGUAAAUUAAUAGAGGAGGUUUUACCGAAAAAUCAAUUAACUAACUAA